AUGGAUGAAAUAAAGGAGAAAACUCGAGAAGAAAUUCUGAGUGAGAAAACCGAUAGAGAAAUAUUCAUUAUUGGGUGCAGAAUGGAGAAAAUGCAGGAAGAGUAUGAAAAUGUUGUAAGAAAUAAAAGAUGGGACAAGAAGCGAGAGUGUUAUGUCAACAAAGAUGGUGAACUUGUUGUCCACAGGAGUGACAUAGUUCAUGAUGAUGUUCUUUUAGUAAUUCCUCUAUCCGGCGAGUAUUACUCAAGUGUUGAAAAAGACAAAACCUACAAGAAAAGGCUAGAUAAAAUCAUCAGAGAUGCUAUGACAUCAAGUCUGAGGAAGAGAGAUGAAGAAAGAAUGAAGAAAAAUGUUGAGUGUAUGGUGAACGAUUUGAAGAAAGUUGCUGAAAAGGUUAAAACCGAAGUUGUUAAAGAAGAAGAUGUGAAGAUUUCUGAAGAUGUGAAAGAAACUGUUACUGAAGAAGAGAAGGUUGAGAAAGUUGUUAACAAAGAACAGCAGUUUGAUGAGAUGAAGAAGAAAGAAGAAAAAGAAGAAGUGAAGAUAGAGAAGUUGAAUGCUGAUGUUGGAGAUGAUGCUGGUGAUGAAAAGAAGAAAGAUGCUGAUCAGACUGAAACAACAAAGAAUGCCGAGGUGCCAAUCACUGAGGUUCGAAGCUCCAGAGGCCGUACUAAAUUGAAGAAGAUUUUAAAAUCCCAUAGUUGGAAUUUGAUGGGUAUUGGAACUGAGGUGAUGAAAGAUCGGAAAGAGAAAGGAUUUAUGGAUGGGUUUGAAGUCGGUAUUGGAACUGAGGUGAUGAAAGAUCUAAAAGAGAAGGGAUUUUAG